ACAUCUGCACCGUGCACCCACACGGCCCCUUGGACCCGAGGAAGGUGGAGAAGUGAACCAUUAAAUGCUCCAUCUCCCCUGGAUGCGGUAUGCGACGUCCCUCACCGGCUGAUUGAGGAAAUUUCGCCACGGAGCCGAGGAGCUGAAGCUCGGUCGAGCGGAGCAAUGACUUCGUGGAUCAAGCCGCUGGCAUAUGGCGUCGGCGGGGGCGGGGGGAUGACCACGUUGGUGGCUUUUCAGGAGCGACUCGUUUAUGUGCCGGUGUUGCCGGGUCUUUCCCGCGCCUAUACCAUCACGCCUUCUCGUUUCCACCUCGACUAUGAGGACGUAUGGCUUCGUUCUUCUGAUGGAGUUCGACUCCACUCUUGGUUCCUCAAACACUCACCUCCAGUUUCAGGUCCGACAAUACUCUUCUUCCAAGAAAAUGCUGGCAAUAUUGCCCAUCGUCUUGAAUUUGUUCAUAUAAUGAUGCAAAGAUUGCAUUGCAAUGUGUUUAUGCUAUCAUAUCGAGGGUACGGAGCAAGUGAUGGCUAUCCAUCUCAACAUGGAAUAAUAAAGGAUGCCCAGGCAGCCUUGGACCAUUUAUGUAACAGAAGUGAUGUUGACACGUCUAGAAUGGUUAUUUUUGGAAGAUCUUUAGGUGGUGCAAUUGGUUCGGUACUUGCACGGAACAAUCCUGAUAAGGUUUCUGCUCUUAUUUUGGAAAACACCUUCACCUCUAUAUUGGACAUGGCUGGAAUUAUGCUUCCGUUUCUGAAGUGGUUUAUAGGAGGCAAGGGAUCAAACGGCCCAAAAGUUCUUAAUUUUCUUGUACGGUCACCAUGGAGUACAAUUGAUGUUAUUGGGGAGAUCAAGCAACCCAUUCUAUUUCUGUCUGGAUUGAAAGAUGAGUUGGUUCCUCCAUCGCACAUGAGGGUGCUGUUUGAUAAAGCCAUUGAGCACAACAACCAGUGUUUAUUUUUUGAAUUUCCUGAUGGAAUGCAUAUGGACACAUGGUUUUCUGCUGGGGAUCGGUAUUGGAGAACAAUUCAGCUCUUCCUUGAGCAAUAUUUGCAGAACAGCAGGACAAAUUUGAAAGAUUAUCAUGAGGAAAAAGAAUCUCCCUGCCACAAAGCAUCACAAAGAUGUGAUUUUGAAGCUGCAGCUGGAACAUGUAAAUGUGCAGGUUCAGCCUCUUCUUCUGCUCCAUCAAAUGGAAAUUAUGUUUCAAAGAUGUGAUUCUUAACAAUAUUGUUACAGUAUGAAAUGAACAAUGUAUGAAGUUUUUUUUAUUUAUUUAUAAUUUUGAUGAUUUCUAAUAUGUUGUAAAUGUUCUUAUGUUAUCUAUGACAAAUUUUCUUAUUGUACAGAAUAUUAUCUUCC